AUUUGGGAUUGGGUUCCCCCAGCCAACACCCCAGCAGGACCCCCCAUUAUUCCCAUUAUCCCCCAUCCCAUUCCCAAUCCCACAGGCAGCGACGUGGCCUCGCAGCAGGAAUUCACCUCCUGCCUCAAGGAGACCCUGAGCGGGCUGGCCAAGAAUACCAAUGACCUCCAGAAUUCCCCGGGCUCGGAGGAGGAGCUGGCGAAGGCCCUGGAGGGGCUGGGGCUGGAGGAGGGCGGCGGGGACGGCGUCCUGCCCGUCAUGCGCAGCAUCAUGGAGUCCCUGCUGUCCAAGGAUGUGCUCUACCCCUCCCUCAAGGAGAUCACCGAGAAGUACCCGGAGUGGCUGCGGCAGCACGGGCCGGCGCUGUCCCCGGAGCAGCGGGAGCGGUUCCGGGCGCAGCAGGCGCUGAUGCUCCGGAUCUGCGCGGAGCUGGAGGGGGAGCGGCCCGGGGAGCCCGAGGGGCAGCGCCGGGAGCGCUUCGAGACCCUCUUGGAGCUGAUGCAGCAGCUGCAGGACCUGGGCCACCCCCCCAAGGAGCUGGUGGGGGGACACGCCCCCCGGAUUCAACCUGGAGCUGCCGGGGGGGGUCAGUGGGGAGCAGUGCCGGCUCAUGUAGGGGAACUUUGGGGUCCCCACGCCCCCUGACUCGUCCGGCCCUAAAUGAGUCCUUCGUGAGGAUGAAGAGGAUGAAGAGGAGCCCGGGGGGGGGGGGGGGGAUUGGGGACCUCUCCCUCCCCCCAAUUUGUGGGGUUUUUGGGGGGUGCAGGGGCCCCCAUUUGGGGUGGUGUCCCCCCCUCGCCCCACGGUGUCCCCAAUAAAGUGUUGGUGACGGGA